AGUUGUGCGGCUGUGCGUUCUUCCCCUUCAGUAGCUAAAAAAAUGUCUCAAUCCAAUUUCAAGUCUUACAUUCGACACGGAAACUACCAUAAGUAUUAUGAAGAGUUCCGAACCGAAGAUAGCCGGCCAGAGCACCUUAACCAGUGUCUCCAAAGGUGUUGGGACCAACUUCCAUCUAGCGUGACGAAGCCCGGAACCGACCUUUAUCUGCUGGACGUUGGAUGCAAUUGCGGAAAGCUGACAAAAGAUGUGCUUAAAGUUAUAGAAUCUCGAUCCGUUGUCUGUGACCGAAAUAAGGUAUGCAUGCUGGGAAUUGAUAUCGAUGAAGCACUCACUGGUAAAGCAAGUAAAGAUUACGGCUCCGACCUAUUGUCGUUCACUGCGGCUGAUAUCAGUUCCCUAGUGCUGAAUGAAUCAGCGACGGAAAACAAUCCGUUACACUCGUACCUGCUGGAGCAUCACGUGGAGCGAUUCGAUUUUAUAUUUUGCUUCUCUGUGCUGAUGUAUGUUCAUUUGAAUCACGGAGAUGAAGGACUUCGAAAGGUGCUCAAAUAUCUCUGCCACAGGGCACAGGUAUUGGUCCUGGAGCUGCAAGGCUGGCACAAAUAUCGAGAUCACAAGCGACGAAUGCUGCGGGAAGGUGAUGGCCAGUAUGAACAGUUCGAAAAGCUCGAAUGGAGAGGCGCUGGGGUGCUGGAGAGCAAGAUAAGCGAAUUUGUGGUUGGCCAGGGUUUCCGGAUAGCCAGCGAUGAUAAACAGAUCAACGAAUUCGGAAGGAACAUUCUUAUAUUUGCUAGGAAUGAUUCGUAGCAUAUUUAAGUAAUUAAAUUUAUAGGAAUUCAAAAACGGUUUUGGCGCAUGUUAUAAUAAACUUUUAUGAGAGUUUUCAAUGUUAAUUGAGAUUUGUAUCAAACCUUAAUUUAUCCUUAA